AUGCUUGACAAAACCAUGGCACUAUCGAAGGGAAGUGACGACGCUCAUGCGACGAUGGUGCAGGUAACACAGAUCAACAACGAGCACAUCUAUCAAGAGCUACCUGUGAAUCAUAUACGAGUCAUAGAUCUCUUUCCCGGUUCGCAGUGGGAUCUGAUUGAGGUACAACUCCAUGUUGUCGCGAUCGAUGAUCCUGGUCCUUACCAAGCUCUGUCAUAUCAGGCACAGGAGGUGCUCAUAUGGAUUGGCGAGGAAAAUAAGGAUGUUGACACCAAGAGGGCCUUUGAAGUGGCAGAAGCAAGGCAUGACUAUGGUCAACAGCUAAGAAUAUUGGACUCACCGAGGGGCCGUUGUGCCAUUUUGAUGACUAUUCCAGAUCGAGAUAUGUUCGACCUGGUCACCGAGGUACAACAGCGGUUUCCACCGGAUCUGCCAGAUGGUAUCGAUCCGAUGCAGCUACAGGUCCUGGACCACCUGCUCGCGAAGUCACACGCAGGUUUUCCCGAAGUUGAUCUGCUGCUGUACAUCGGUCACAGGGAUAUCGACAACGUUGCUUGCUCGGGAGUUCAUUUACCAAUCGCCGUCUUGACCCCGGAAUGGGAUCUUGAACAUGUUAAGCAUGUUUCAGAAUGGACCUUUUCAAGCUUCGACAAUUUCCUUAGAGAAGCAACGAAGCCAUCGGAAAUGCGACUAUCGGACAAUGGCGCAGCGCAGGUGCUGCAAGCCCUGAACUAUUUGACUAAGCGGCAGUACUUCAGGCAAGCUUGGAUCGUCCAGGAGGUAAUUCUCGCGCCCAAGUCUAUCAUGGUGUGCGGAAGACACGAAGUCAGCUUUGUUAAAUUUUACGUGGUGUAUGGAAUCGACCCAACGACAAGAAUUUAUGUGAAAAACUUUAUGCUCGACGACUUCAAAUUCUUCGAGGCAGAGGAGAAUGUGCGAACUUUGGCGAAAUGGUGGCCUUUCCUUCACAAUAGCAAUUUACUAGGUGAAGAGUUUAUGGCUGGGCACAGUGCCUUCAAUCAAUUAGGAUACCUUAACAAAAGAGGGCGCCAAGGAGAUCUUGGGGAAAUAUGUCUCGGAUCUUUACUUCUUGACUUCGGAGAACAGAGAUCCACUGAUCCUCGUGACAAGGUCUUCAGCCUUGUAGGGAUCAUAAAAAGGUUCUCCACCCUCCCAAGAGAGGUCGAAUGGGCUGAAGAGUGUGUGGAUUAUGGCCUUGAAACACGAGAAGUCUUUUGGAGAGCUGCAAAACAUCUCGUGGAAACAUUUUCUCUACGGCAAGUCAAUGAGCCUAAGCCGUCGAGAUACCAUAUUCUGCAUUUCUUCCGAGAAUCCUCAUUCAAUCCAGGAGACGACAACAUGGACGUCAAUCUUCCCACAUGGGUACCAAAUUGGUCAUCCAUCUCUCGCCAAGGAUGGCUGGUCAACAAUCGGAGAAUCUAUGAGAUUGACAGCCUGAUCCCGUACAGGGCUCGAGUACAAGAAGACUCCCUCUUUAUUACUGCCUCCAUUGUGGACAAAGUCUCCUUUUGUUCGAAUGUACUUGAGUGUGACCAGGAGAUGUACGGACAAGCAACCCUAUGCGACAAAUUAGUAGGGAAGGAAGGAAGCACCCGCAGUCCUUAUGGCGGGGUCAAUGCGCAAUUCGAAGCCUUUUGGAGAACAGUGAUCGCGGAUGAUCCAAUCGGGAGCAAAUCACAGACUGACUUUACUUACCACUUUCAAGAGUUUGAUGCAGUGAACAGAUGGGUUUCUCACUGCUGUGACAUGUAUUCCCAGGUUUCCCGCAUGUGGUUGGAAGACCUUGACAAGCGCCCUUUAUUUGGUCCGUUGCUUGACGAUCUUCGAAAGCAGAAGGCACAGAAAGGUAACUUGAAUACUUCGCCUUGA